CCCUUUUUAUGUAAUCGAUUUGGAGAAUUUGCUCCAACAAGUAGACUCCUGUCUUGAAGUCCGCAUGGAGAUGAAUUCCUCAGCGCUUUGUGCUUUGGCUAUUGUUCUGUUGGCAAUUGUAGAUUUGAAAAUAGUCUCUGCUGCUGAAACUGGAGGCAAAUCUACAGUGCUGACCCUCCAGAAGGCAGGUCACUGCCCACGGCUUCUGAACGUCGUGCCGUCACACAAGGGAUGUGUCUGUGACAAGGACUGUCCUGGAGAUGACAAGUGCUGUGUCUUUGACUGUGGCGCCGUGUGUGUCCCACCUGCCUUCACAAAGCCAGGAAUGUGCCCUCGCAGACUAUGGGGCUCAGGGAUGUGUGCGGAGUUCUGUUCCAACGACAGUGACUGCUCCAAUGAUGAAAAAUGCUGCCACAACGGAUGUGGGCAUGAGUGCAUUACACCUUACACAGUGAAGCCCGGUCGAUGUGCCCUGCCCAAGGGGACCCCUAUGUGUGCUGAGUACUGUUACCAUGACGGCCAGUGCCCAGAAGAACAGAAGUGUUGCCGGACAACCUGCGGCCACGCCUGCAGCGAGCCAUGUUCAUAGGACGGCAAGGUUUGGGUCGGGAGAUUAGUGACAAUGCUAAUAGACUCCUUCUCUUUCAAGAACAAGAAUGCUUGUUGGCUUUUUUCUUUUUUUAGAGGGGGUGUUUUUUGUUCUUGUUUGUAUUCCAAUCAAUAAAACCAUCUGUGUAGCCUUUAAAUACAUUCCUGUGCAUUUAUGACCUUGUUGGUGGACGUCUUGAGUGUCUGAGAUGCCUUUUUAUGGUUUUUUUAUGGCGGCACUGAGCUACAAUAACAAAUUAUGGAACACUCCAAGAAUGGAAAUUGCUCAAGUAUGUACUGGCUGUCCACCAGAGUCAGUACAUAUACUUCUAUUUGACCAGUGAUUUGGUCUAAAGAAAAGCUGUAGAAAACAUUCUAGUGUGCUACUACACCUCCCCUAACCUUCAACUCUGCACAAAGUGUCUAUGCUCCCUGCCAAGGUAUACCCACUUCCCUGCCUAAACGGACAGAGUUAAGCAGAGCUAUUAAACCGGACAUGACCAUCACUGAUUAGGAAUGCAGAGGGCUUUUUUGUUCCACUCUAGAGUGCCAAACACAUGCAAGAGAGAAAAUGACUGGCUGGCAAAGAAAGGGAUCUCUGUGUCUGUCUGUUCUGCUGGAACUUGGCAGGAGUUAGGCCAAGUUUGUUUAUAGAGAAAAUAAUCAGCCGCUCCCUCACCUACCCUCCACAUACACGCACUUCCAUAACUGGGGCAAUUGAGAUGGAAUACAGAAAGUGAACUCCUGGACCUGGGGUGUAUUCAGUGAUGUGAAACGUUCUGAACAUUACAGAUAGAAAUAGAAUGAAUAGUGAUGACACAUUGCCUACUCUAUCAGAUAGAAUAGGGAAAUGAUCUAUUCUUCAUGAAACAGAACAUUCAAGUAGAAAUGUAAUGUUACCUUCUACUGAAUAGAUCCAUACUCUAUGGCUUGUCAUAAAAUUCUUUUGAAUGCUUAUGACAUGUUAUGUCGUCAGAGGCAUAUGUGCCCCUUCAGAUUUGUCCAGUUUAAAAAUAUAUAUUUUUAAAUAUUUAUUUAAAAUAAAUGUGUCUCUAUGUAAUACUAUCAAUCAAAUGUAUUUAUAAUUCCUUUAUGUCAGCAGAUGUCACAGAAACCCAGCCUAAAACCCCACCUAGCAAUUUUAUGAAGUUGGCUUCAGCUAGCCCAGAUACUGUAGGUUCCCAAUCUCAUAACUAGCUACCAAGAAGCCUUUUCAGGUUAAGUAAGAGUAGCUAGCUUGUCUAACUAACUUAGCUGGCAUGCCUUCUGGAAAGGUUGGUAGACUUUAGAAAAACAAGCAAUAACUAAAUGUAAUGACGAACUGGAUGCGUGUUUUGAAAUCUUCUACCAAGAUUUUUGCCAAGAUGCAGGGUAGCAUAUUUUGUUUCUUUAAAAAAAGGAACCACCAGUUAGGAGGAUAAAGACAGCUCAAGAGCAUGCAGAAAGUCUUUAAAAUAAAAAAUAGAAUCAAGCAUAAUGAUUAUGGCUCUAGAUUGCAGGUAAAAGCGAUUUCAGUUAUUUGAAAAAUGCAAAAUUGUCCAACUUCCAGAGCACCCCGCAGCCCUCCUUAUGUACUUUGUGCCCCCUCAGAUUUUUGGCGUGAUGAUACCCCUGUAUGUCGGGAAUACUCUUUUGCUAUAUAUUGAUACAGUUGAUCCAUGCUUAGUUGCAGCCAAGUGGUUCCUCAUAAUUUAUUCUCAGGAAUCCUCAAGAGUUCUCCUAGCAGUCCAAAAAUAAUGUUUUAGACUGAGAAGCAGGGAUUCAACAGCAUUCAUCAAGGGCACAAUUCGACUUUCAAUGGGCUGUAUGUAUCAACCGAGAGUAGGAGUGCUGAUCUAGAAUGAGUGUUGACUUGGAUCAUAAUGGAUAAUAUUAUAUGGACAGGAGUGACCUGAUCCUAGUCUGAGACAAUUGAGAUUCACAUGGCCCCUCUACAAGCCUCCAUGUAUUUCUUAUUUUAAGGCGAGGCACCACAGGAUUAACUUACCUAUUUUGCAUCUACUUAUCGAUUUAGAAUUUUGGGGUAUUUUUGUCCCUAAAUUAGGUAUUUCAAAAUGUAAACAUAAAAAUGUCCAAACUUGAUGUAAAUGUUUAUUUGAUUUAGUUUAUCAUACUACCGUCAUUCAAAUGGACAUAAAUCCAUAAUUUCGAAGCUUACUACAUUUAGUAAUACAUCAUUCAAAAGCCUCAUCUGAUUGGUCCCAAAAACCAAUGGGUUGGGCCAGAGCGUGGGUAAAGCUAAGUUUGAAAAUGCAUCAUUGGCUUUGAUACUGUGAUUGGUUAGAGACAAUUCAAUCGCUAAUGACUUUGCUUUGUACAACACCCCUCCCUCAUUUUGACAUCACCCAAAACAACUUCAAUGAUUGCAGUCUCAGAUUGUAUGUAGGGAACAAUUGAGCAGCGGAAGACCAGAACUCAGUUUUAGUCGUCAGGCAAUUAAAAUCCCAUUUCGUAGAGAAAGUUACAAUCUGGACUAUAUGUAGUAACUAACUUUGAAGAAAUUGCGAUUGGCUCUAAUUAGGUGUUUUGCAUUUGCUAAGAUAAAUUCCUUGUACUGCUCUUUAACUGCCAUUUCACAAAAGUCAGACCUUCCCACAUGAAAACAUGUUUUUUCUCAGCUUCAGAAGCUUCUGCAUUUACCAAAUGUUGUGUGGUUAUGCUUAGAUAUAUUCUCCAGACUUGUGUAGAGGGAAUUGUUGAUAUGUUGUAAAUGUUUUAUUCUAGAUCACAUUUUCUAAAAAUAAAAAUAAAAAAACGCACCUAAAAUGCAUUUGACAUAUGUGACUUUAGUAUUUCACAGAUAGAAAUAUUAAAACAUUUAUCCACAACACGUCCGGUCCUGGAGUGUCUUAACAAAAUUACACCAAAUAAUUUAGGCUGACUUCAUCCUGUGUCCAGAAAAACAGAUUUGCAGUAUAUGCAAAUGUGCACAUAUUUUAAUACAACAUUUCAGGAAAGUUGUAAUACAAAAAGUAUUAUGUUUGUGUCUACAUUCAACUGGUAAAAUUGUGAUAUGAAUAAGGGGGAGAAAAUGUACCUUAUUAGGGUGUGGUGCCUUGCCUUAAAGCCAUUGGAUUAAAACAAAAAUGACAAAUGUUUGGUCAGUUGACCAGUUUUAUAGAUGUAUUAUUUUUUUAUAUACCCAAGGUUACCCAAUAUAUGUUCACACAUUUGAAUGUUGUUCAGUAAAAUUAAUGUAUCAAGCACAGUUUAAUAUACAAAGAACGAGCAGUGUUAAAAAGUUAAUGCAUGGAGGGUGCUUAGAGCCUUAGUCAAGUUCCUAAUAGAAAUGCAUGGCAAACUCAUCUUUUUAAAUGUUGUCUGUUGGGUAUUUGUGCUACAAAGGCUUACCAAAAGGUAAUGCCAAUUAGAGAACAACUUCGAACAGAAAUUUGGACAAACGCAAGU